AUGAACAGGCUGGAUAGUUUUGAGAACGCCGUGGGAUUGGAAAAAGAUGUUAAGACGCUUGAGGGAAUGCUGCUUCGUAAAGAUCAUCCUCAGCAAAUGUUUAUCUCCUUACUUGGGGAGAGUGGUGUCGGAAAGAGUACACUGAUGGAUGUUAUCUAUCACAAUAUGGAGGUGAUUAGUCAGUUUGAAAUUGUAGUUUGGUUCAACAUGCCGCCAGAUGGCACCACAGAAACUCUCCUCCAAUCAAUCUACGAUAGAGCAUAUGUAAGUGCACCGCAACAUCAACCGGAUGAAGGCAUUGAUAUCGCCGAUAAGCUCCGACACCACCUGGAGAAAAAGAGGUACCUUGUGAUCAUCCAUGGCAUAUCCUCCGAAACCAUCCUCAACUGCCUGAGGGCGAGCCUACCAGAUGACAAUAAUGGUAGCAGUGUUGUGCUCAUGUUGGACACUGAGAGCGAAGAAGUAGCAUGGCAUGCUAACACACUGAACAAAGAUGGCAUCAAUGGAAUCCACAUGUUGAAUCGUUUGGAUGAAAAAAGAAGUGGAGAGUUGUUUUGUUCGAGGGCCUCCAGGAAAGAAAUGUCGGAUGUAAAGGAAGACAUGAGCAAGUAUGACAAAAUUGUGUACGACAUAACUGGAGGCUACCCUCUGGCUAUAGUCCUCCUGGCUGGACUCCUCCGAUUCAAGGAGAAGCCAGGGCAGUGGGAAGCAGUGCUGCAACUUCUCAGGCCUGGACCAGGAAUGGAAGAAGCACAAGGCGUUGAGGGCAAUAAGAUAAUUGGAUCUGUACUGCCCAAGGGGAGGCGGCGUAUCGAGUGGCGGAUGAGCUCUACAACACAAUCUAACCUGUCAACAAGAACGACCCUCGAGAGGGUCUUCUGGGCAAGCUUUGAAGACCUCCCCAAUGAUCUCAAGUCGUGCUUCCUUUACUUCGCUGCUUUCUCUAAGUGUACAUCUAUGCCAGCCGAUGAUAUCGUGAGGAUUUGGAUUGCCGAGGGAUUCAUCAAACCGCAAAAGGGUAAGACUAUGGAGGAGCUGGGCUACAACUACCUCAACGAGCUGCUCUUGAGAUGCCUUGUUAAGGUUGAAGAAGAGGCGAACGACGCCUACAUCAAUGAGGAGUUCAGCGUUCACAAAAGGCUCCAUGGGUUCCUGCAAUCAGAGGCUCGCGAAGCAGGAUUCAUUGAUGUUCAUGACACGUAUGACAUCUUUGUUCCACCGUCGGUGCGACGUCUCUCUUUCAUGAGUUUCGAACGCGGACAUACGGCAUUCACCAACAAGUUCCGUAAGCUGCGUUCCUUCAUUAGCUGUGUCGAUGAGCAAGACCAGCGUAAUGACAGCCAAGGCGUGUACCAGAAGCGUCGGCAUGAUCUCAAGUUUUUGUGCAGGUCCAAGUUCCUUCGUGUGAUCCAUGUAUCUGGAUUAGGGAUUAGGGAACUUCCAAAUGAGAUUGGUGACAUGGUUCACUUGCGGUACAUAUUAAUUGGUAGCAUGGACCUCGAGAAGCUCCCCUCAAGCAUUAAGAGUCUGCUCAACCUGCAGACACUAGAUAUAAGUGAAACUCGAGUCGAGGAGAUUCACCCAUCCUUCUGGAAGAUAAAGACAUUGCGGCAUGUGAUGGCAUCAAAGCUCAGUCUUCCAGCAUCCAUCGACGAAGAACUGGACGAGCUGCAGACGCUCUGGGGUGUAAAACCUGCCCAACAAGGAGAAUGGGAUCAACGGGAUUGCCCAUUGCACAAGACGACCAAACUCCGGUCAUUGUUUCUGGAUGGAUUCGAGCAGUCUAAACAUGGGGCCGCACUUGAGAGUGCUCUCGGGAAGAUGAGUUUCCUUGCAAACUUGAAGCUGGAAGGUGAUGAGAUCCCUUCAUGUGUCUUCACAGCACAGAACCUUCGAUACCUUGAGACAAUAGAUAUCGCCGGCAAAAUCAAAUGGCCUGAGGCCACAUCAGAUGUUCGCAGGAUCCGGCCUAACCUUGUUAUGCUCAAAGUGUACAAGGAUAGCAGUGAGGAGGCGGUGCCCCAGCACAUCCAGAACCAACUGGAGGGGAUAUUGACGGUAGCCAAUGUAUAGAACAGGACUCUGCCUCCUUAUAUUUUCUACAAGCUUCCCUUGUCGAUUCAAUCAAUUGGUUUGGUGCCAUGCAUACAAACAAGAAGGAGGACAUGACGUAAAGUUGAAGGUACAUAUGCAGCACAAGGUGAAGGAAACUGCCUGCCCGCCCGGUGUCUCCUCAAAACAAUACAAAAAAAGUGUCUUUACUUUGUGAAACAAUGUACUGUAUUGUGUAUAUAUCGUGUUGUUAUGUGUUAUUUAUUUGAAAUCUCUAUUUACCCCA